GGCCCCUCCUCCUCCUCCUGCGGCGUCGUCGUCGUGCUGGUGUCCGGAGCCUGGCCAGGGCUGCCAUUGGCCUUCCCUGCUUCCCUUCCUCCUUCCCUCCUUGGGCCAGCAGAGUCAGCCAUGAACCCUCUGCUCCUGGGCCCCAGCCUCUUCCUCCUCCAGCAGCAGGAGCAGCAGCAAGAACAGCAGCAGCAGCAGCAGCCGAGGGGCUUCCCCUUCUUCUUCCCGGCCUCCUCCUCGCCUCUUUCUCCGGGCAGCGAGGACCCCCUGGCCCCCUUCUCCUCCUCCUCUUCUCCUGCCGCUGCUCCUCCGGCAGCCAUGGCCCUCCGCAACGACCUGGGCUCCAACAUCAGCGUCCUGAAGACCCUCAACCUGCGCUUCCGAUGCUUCCUGGCCAAGGUCCACGAACUGGAGCGCAGGAACCGGCAGCUGGAGAAGCAGCUCCAGGAGGCGGCCCUGGCCCAAGGCAGCAGCAGCAACAGCAGCGGCAGCGGCAGCAGCAGGGGCCCCCGGACCAGGAGCCAGGCCGUCCAGACCGGCUUCGUGGCCCCCAUCCGGCCCCUGGGGCUGGCCCUGGCCCACUCGGCCUCGGCCUCCCCUCCCCCGAGGCUCCUGGGCUCCCCCGGCUCCCACCCCCCGGGAGCUCCCCUCACCCCCGGCUCCUCCGCAGCCCUGGCUCCGCAGACACUGCAGCACCCAUCCUCCUCCUUCUCCUCCUCCUCGAGGUUCCUGCCGGGCUCCGUCUGGUCCUUCUCCUCCUCUUCCUCGCAAGGGGGGCCCCGGAGGUUGGAAGGGGGCUCCCCCUUGGUCCAAGGCCCCGGGGUCUCCUGGCUCCACCACCCGGACGGCGUCGGGGUCCAGAUCGACACCAUCACCCCCGAGAUCCGGGCCCUCUACAACGUCCUGGCCAAGGUCAAGAGGGAGAGGGACGACUACAAGAGGAGGUGGGAAGAGGAGUACACCAUGCGUGUUCAGCUCCAGGACCGAGUGACUGAGCUAAAUGAGGAGGCUCAAGAGGCGGAAGCAUGUCAGGAGGAGCUGGCUAUGAAGGUGGAACAACUGAAGGCAGAACUGGUUGUUUUCAAGGGGCUGAUGAGCAAUAACCUUACUGAACUGGAUACCAAGAUUCAAGAAAAAGCCAUGAAAGUGGACAUGGACAUCUGCCGGCGCAUAGACAUUACAGCUAAACUUUGCGAUGUGGCCCAACAGCGCAACUGUGAGGACAUGAUCAAAAUGUUUCAGAAGCAGUUGUCUCUGCACUUAUCUCCCAUUAAGGUCCCAAGUACAGUGGGGCGGAAGCGGGAGAGAAAGCUGGUCAGUGAUGAAGACACCUCCAUGUCUGAGAGCGAGGCCUCCAAAAAACCUGAAGAGGAGGAGGAAGAUGAGACCACAGCCAUGAGCAUAAAUGAGGAGAUGCAAAGGAUGCUCAACCAGCUGAGAGAGUAUGACUUUGAGGAUGACUGCGACAGCCUCACCUGGGAAGAGACUGAAGAAACGCUGCUUUUGUGGGAGGAUUUCUCUGGCUAUGCUAUUGCUGCUGCAGAAGCCCAGGGAGAGCAGCCAGAUGACAGUUUGGAGAAAGUGAUCAAGGACACCGAGUCGCUCUUCAAAAGCAGAGAGAAGGAAUAUCAGGAAACCAUUGACCAAAUUGAGCUGGAAUUGGCAACGGCAAAGAAUGACAUGAACCGGCAUCUUCAUGAGUACAUGGAGAUGUGUAGUAUGAAGCGUGGGCUGGAUGUGCAGAUGGAGACUUGUCGGCGGCUCAUUACCCAAUCUGGAGAUAGAAAAUUUCCUGCUUUUACUCCGGUACCGAACAAUGAAUCGGCCCCAAACGCGGAGACUGAGGAGUCCGAUCACGACCUCCCAAGUGAUGCCUCCAUAAGAUAAUGGGGGAGGCUCUGCCCAAUCUACAUCUCCCGCUUCCUGGUCCAGGAGUGUGAACAUGGUUGUGGGGAGCCCAUGUCUAUGAGGGGCACAAGGGGGCAAGAAGCCACCCCUGGCACUCUGCCAUGUCAAAUCCCUCCACCCGUGGGGGGCAGGCUAGAUAGAGGCCCAGGAAAACCUGGUCUCCAGGACUUCUCUUUUGCUCUUUCUUUCCAAUUGCCUUUUGCCUUGCCUCCCUGUGUUUCACCUGCUCCGUCCCUCAUACUCUGUGGGGUUUAGCAGGGAGGCUCCUGCCUUAUUGUAGCUGCCCCUCCCCAGGGUUUGCCUUAUGAUGUCCCACCCUUGCUGCUUCCUAGUAUAUGUGACUCCCUCGUCCUCAUGCUGCACACAAACAGAACGGGAUCUGUUUACCUCUGCAAAACUUGAACCUUCUCUGGGUGCCAAGUGGGCUUGAAGGCUGGACUCUGUGAUUUCUGCCUGCUCAUUAGAAGACCUCUGUAUCCUCUCCCUGCCCAGGCCACACUGUACGCCACAACCGUGAGAGCCUCUCCUUGUGGGGAUGAAGAACAAGCUGCCAUCUCCUUCACCCCAGCUGUGUCCUUGCAGUUUGCUUAUGCGUGCACCCGUGGCACAGAAAAGUCCUAUGUGAUGUGCUAUGUCUGGAAAUGAGAACAUUAAAGAGAAAAGUUCCUUUUCUAUA